UUGAACUGGUUGCUUGUUUGCUGAAACAACUUGAAGUUUAACUAGUCCUUUGUUAAUUAAUAAUUCAGUGCAGAAGAUAAUCUUGCACAUGUUGAGAAAGCUGGAGAAUUGUUUGGUUAUCCUUUAAUGAUCAAAAGCAAGAGAUUGGCUUAUGAUGGGCGUGGCAAUGCUGUUGCUCACACCAAAGAGGAACUUCCUUCAGUUGUGACUGCAUUGGGAGGAUUCAAUCAUGGUUUAUAUGUUGAGAGGUGGAUGCCAUUUGUGAAGGGAUAACAUCUGUCACAUAGUUGAAGCUCCCGCCGGUGUACCAGACAAAAUAAAAAGACUUUGUGUUGACAUUGCUUAAAAAGCUGUCAUAUCAUUGGAGGGAGCAGGUGUAUUUGCAGUGGAAUUAUUUUUAACAAAAGAUGGACAGGUUUUGCUUAAUGAAGUAGCUCCUAGACCGCAUAAUAGUGGACAUCAUACGAUUGAGUCAUGCUAUACUUCACAAUACGAACAGCAUCUACGAGCUAUUCUUGGUCUUCCUCUUGGUGAUCCAUCAAUGAAUUCCCCAGCUGCAAUCAUGUACAACAUACUAGGUGAAGAUGAGGGAGAGCCAGGGUUCUAUUUAGCUCAUCAACUGAUUGGAAAGGCGCUUAAAGGCGUUAAAUACAUAAGGUUGUUCUAUAUGCAUUUUCUGGAUUUCAAAUUUUGAGGCCCAUAACUUAUGGAUCAUUGUGCAUUCCCACAAUCUGAUUACCUCUCUAUUUCUGAUGUGUUCAAUCAUUUUAUUUCUUUCACAAGAAUAAUUUAGUAGUUGGUGUAGUGCUUCAUAUAUUUCAGGUAGCAUUGGUGAAAAAUAAGUACAUGACGAAAGUUUCAGUAUAUGGUCAUCGUUGUUUGGAAGUUCUGAUAUUUGAUUUAAAUGUAUGCUUAAUGGGUGCAGUUACUCCAUGUGUUGCUAUAAUCAUGGGUUCUGAUUCAGAUCUUCCUACAAUGAAAGAUGCUGCAGAGAUCUUAAAAAAUUUUGGUGUGCCAUAUGAGGUAACAAUUGUUUCAGCUCACCGCACACCUGAGAGGAUGUACUCUUUUGCAUCAUCUGCGAAAGAAAGAGGUAUUCAGAUCAUAAUAGCUGGUGCUGGUGGUGCGGCACAUCUACCAGGGAUGGUGGCUUCACUGAGUCCACUACCUGUCAUUGGAGUCCCGAUAAGAGCCUCAUCACUGGAUGGAAUUGAUUCCCUGUUAUCCAUCGUGCAGAUGCCAAAAGGUAUUCCAGUUGCAACAGUCGCAAUUGGGAAUGCCGCAAAUGCAGCUUUAUUAGCAGUCAGGAUCCUUGCCACUAGCGAUGCUGAUUUGUGGAACAGAGUGAUCAAAUACCAAAAUGAGCUGAAGGAUACUGUUUUGGCAGAAGCAACAAAGCUUGAAGCAGAAGGCUAGGAGAGAUAUCUAAAUCCAUAACACUCCUCCAGGUGCUCAUUCUGGUAUAUGAGCCUCUCUUGGGUGUGUUUACCUUACCUAAUUUUUCCUUAUUAGUUACUUAGCCAAUCCCAGAUUUUAGGCUUAAUGACAUGAGCUUCCGUUGUUGAUUGGUUGUCUUGGUAUUUUUCUCAUAUGCAUCUGAUCAGGGGAUUGAAAGUGUCUUAUUUUCAGGCCAAGAUCAACUGCUUCUUAUCUUGAAGUAGUUGUUGAUCUUCAACCUGUAUUCUCUGUGAUGCUGGGAGUUCCUCCCUCGCAAAAUAACUUGAAGAGAAGCAAUUUGGCAAGCUUUCCAUGUUGUCCAGAUAUAGAGAAAAUGUUUCCACUUGAAAAGAAUGAGAAGGCGAUCCAAUACAUAUGUUUCUUGAUACAUGGUCAGAAUGAAGAUCCCUAGAUGGUCCCCCUCUGGAAUCCUGUGUUGACUUUUCUUCACUGAUCUGUACAUUUUACAAUCUCUUUUGAUGGGAAAAGACAAGGAACUUGUGAUACCAAGAUUUCUGUUUGUGUUGGAGAAUUAAGACUGUAGCAGCUUAUAAUUAAGAAAGAACAUCAUGUACAUCUGCAAAUCUACAAGCAACUUCAACUUACACUGUAAAUAUCAUUGUGUUCAGCAAACCUGGCAAUGAUUUGUUAUUUUGUCAGACAAUAUUAUACUAUCCAUUUCAACUUGUUUCA